AUGCCGGGGAAGAGGGGCCGUCGAGGGUCACCUGGUCGCCGCUCCCACACCGCCCGAGCCGAGCUGUCCUUCUCCGUGAGCCACAUGGAGCGCCUCCUGCGGGAGGGCCACUACGCCCAGCGCCUGAGCUCGUCCGCACCCGUCUACCUAGUGGCCAUCAUCCAGUACCUGGCGGCCAGGGUCCUGGAGCUGGCGCGCCAUGAGGCCCAGAACAGCAGCAGGAGGCGCCUCACUCUGGAGCUGGUGGACGUGGCGGCCCGCAGCAACGCGCUGCUCAGAGACUUGUUCAGGACUAGCACCAUCUCCCAGGUGGCCCCGGCCCAGCCCUAG